AUGGGGGCACAGGCCAACAAGCACAAGCCCUGGAUCGAAGCUGAAUAUCAGGGUAUUGUCAUGGAGAAUGACAACACAGUCCUGCUGAACCCACCGCUCUUUGCUCUGGACAAGGAUGCUCCAUUGCGCUAUGCAGGUGAAAUAUGUGGAUUCCGGAUCCAUGGGGCAGGGGUGCCCUUCGAAGCAGUGAUCCUGGACAAAGCGACGGGCGAAGGGUUGAUCCGGGCCAAAGAGCCAGUGGAUUGUGAAGCUCACAAGGAGCACACUUUCACCAUCCAGGCCUAUGACUGUGGUGAAGGACCUGACGGUGCCAACACCAAGAAAUCUCAUAAGGCCACGGUCCACGUGAGGGUGAACGAUGUCAACGAGUUUGCUCCGGUCUUUGUGGAUAAGCUUUAUCGUGUGGCUGUGACAGAAGGGAAGCUCUAUGACCGCAUCUUGCGUGUGGAAGCCAUUGAUGGCGAUUGCUCUCCUCAGUACAGCCAGAUCUGCUACUAUGAAAUCCUGACGCCGAACGUCCCCUUUCUGAUUGACAAUGAUGGGAACAUUGAAAACACUGAGAAGCUGCAAUACAGCGGCGAGCGCCUGUAUAAGUUCACAGUGACAGCCUAUGACUGUGGCAAGAAACGAGCCUCUGAUGAUGCUGAAGUGGAGAUUCAGGUGAAGCCGACCUGUAAACCCAGCUGGCAAGGUUGGAAUAAAAGGAUAGAGUACACCCCGGGCACGGGCACCCUGGCCCUUUUCCCUAGCAUCCACCUGGAGACGUGUGAUGAGCCCCUCUGGAACAUCCAAGCCACUGUAGAGUUGCAGACGAACCACGUGGCCAAAGGAUGCGACCGUGACAAUUACUCUGAGAAGUCACUGCGCAAACUCUGUGGAGCUGCGACCGGUGAGGUUGACCUGUUGCCUGUCCCUAGCCCCACAGCCAACUGGACAGCACGCCUUUCGGUCCACUACAGCCAGGACAGCAGCCUCAUCUACUGGUUCAAUGGCAGCCAGGCAACCCAGGUGCCCAUGGGAAGUGGGACCGGGGCCCUUGAAGGACUGAGCGACCAUUUUACUUUGUCCCUGUGGAUGAAACAUGGUGUGACGCAAAGCAAGAACAAGAGGGAGGAAGAAACAGUGAUCUGCAGCACCAUGCAGAGUGAGGAUGGGUAUUCCCAUUAUUCCCUCAGUGUGCACGGCUGCCGCAUCGCUUUCCUCUACUGGCCACUGCUGGAGAGCGCAAGGCCUGUCAAGUUCCUCUGGAAACUGGAGCAGGUCUGUGAUGACGAGUGGCACCAUUAUGCCCUGAACCUGGAGUUCCCCACGGUUACACUUUACGUGGAUGGCGUUUCCUAUGACCCUGCGCUGAUUCAUGACAAUGGCCUCAUCCACCCCCCACGGCGGGAAUCUUCCCUCAUGAUUGGAGCCUGUUGGGCUGAGGAGAGAAACAAGGAAAAAAUAAAAGGGAACGAGAACUCCACAGACGCAGGGCAAGGAGACCCUCUGCCGAUUCACCACUACUUCCACGGUUAUCUGGCUGGCUUCACUGCACGGCCCGGCAGCCUUGAGAGCCGGGAGGUGAUAGAGUGUCUCUAUGCCUGUCGCGAGGGGCUGGACUACAGCGACUUUGACAGCCUUGGCAAAGGGAUGAAGGUUCAUGUCAACCCAUCUCAGUCUCUUCUCACCUUGGAGGGGGAUGAUGUAGAGACCUUCAACCAUGCAAUACAGCACGUAGCCUACAUGAACUCGUUGCGCUUUGCUACUCCUGGAGUCCGACCCCUCAAGCUGACCACUACUGUCAAGUGCUUCAGUGAGGAGUCCUGUGUCUCCAUUCUGGAUGUGGAAGGUUACGUGGUGGUGCUUCAGCCGGAUGCUCCCCAGAUCUCCUUAAGUGGCACUUCUCACUUUGCCCGGCCAGCCUCUGAUUUUGAAGGACCCGAGGGAGUUCCUCUCUUUCCUGACCUGCAGAUUUCCUGCUCAAUUUCACACCAGGUGCAGGCUAAGAAAGAUGAGAGUUGGCAUGGCACAGUGGCCGACACACGGAUGUCUGACGAGAUUGUUCACAAUCUGGAUGGUUGCGAGAUCUCUCUCAUUGGAGAAGAGCUGGAUCCUGAGAGGGAGUACCUGGUCUUGGAUGGGGCCUCCCUGCAGCAGCGAGGCCUAGAGCUCAUCAACACCUCUGCCUACCUCACCAUCACAGGUGUGGAAAGCAUUGCUGUCUACGAAGAGGUCCUUCGCCAGGUGUCCUAUUGUACCCGCCAUGGCGCUGCCCUCUACGAGAGGAAGUUCCGACUUUCUUGCACUGAGAUGAAUGGCCGCUACUCUAGCAACGAGUUUACUGUGGAGGUGAAUGUGCUUCACAACAUGAACCGAGCUGCUCACCCCAACCACAUUAUGAGUGCCCAGCAGUUCAUGCAUCGAGGCCACCACCUGCCACCAGAACUCUCUGGCCACAGCCUGGCUAAUGUCCAUCGGAACUCUAUGGUCCCCAGCGCUGCCACGAUCAUCAUUGUGGUGUGUGUGGGCUUCCUGGCCCUGAUGGUGAUCCUGGGCGUCCUGCGCAUCCACUCCUUGCACAGGCGAGGGGCUGAUGAGCGCGAGCGCACGGGGGAGUCGACGGGGAGCCAAGGAGGUGCCCGAGGAAAGGAGAGCGAGAUGUUCUGGGAUGACUCGGCCCUCACCAUCAUCGUCAACCCCAUGGAGUCGUAUCAGAGCUGCCAGGAGAGGGCAGCAGAGAGAGCGGAAGGUAAAGCCAGAGAGGUGGCUGAAGAGGAGGACAGCAGCGACUCUGAAUCUCCCGACAGCCCUGGCAGCGACGCGGCCGACGACCAGCGCAUUGUGGGCAAGCAUGAUGCCCCUUGCCGCUACUAGAGGCCCGUGACCGGUGGGGAAGACAAAGUGGAGGCUCUGCUUAUGUUUAAUAUUGGGGAUGGGGGUUGGGGAGGGGGUUUGGGGGUUGGCCUGCCUUGCCCAAUUGAUUUCUCUUCCCAUGCCUGCCCCACCCCUGCUCUUUCCUCCAGGCUUCUUAUUUUCACAGGGGAGAGGGGCUCAAGACAUGCCCAUUUGGCACAGGAGGCGGAACGUCCUACUGGCACCUUCCCUGCCCCUUAGCAAAGAUGGGCUGCCAUCUUGUCUGCCAGGGCGAGUCUCCUGGGAAAGAAAGGGGAGCUAGAAACGAGACAAUCCUUGGGCUUGGUGGUGUCCUCUCACAUUGGUUUACCCCAAAUUCUGCUGCCCAAAAUCUGCCUCUAGGCUUCUCACAGCAGUCUCUGGGGAGGGACCUCUGCAUUUCGCAGACUCUGGCCCUUCCCAGCUGCUUGCUUGAAUUAAAGUGGGCCAGGCCUCUCCUGGAUUCCAUCAGCCCGCCUGAGGAUCCCAUCUCAUCAGGCAGGGGGACGGCUGAAAUGGCAUGUAGGAAUAUGGAGAAAUGAGAGGGGGACGGGCAAGGAGGAGAAGUGAGGUGCCCUCAGAAGCCCCAAAAUACUAUAUAUAUAUAUUGUAUAUUUUUUCAAUGUUGUUGUUUGAGGUUUAUUCUUGUUUUCUUGUUUGAGGCAAAGAAACAAAAAAAACCUGCAGCUUGUGUCGCUUUGUAAAAUUGUCAAUAAUAGUCAAAACAACCAGAAUUUAAAAAAUAAAAUGAUGUGGAAAAGGGAAUGGAGCAGAUUUUAAAAUAAAAAAGGAUUUUAAAAGUUUCGGAAU